GCUGCCUGCGCUAAGCAGCGACAAGAGGGAAGGCCAAGAUGGCGGCAGGAGCGAGAGCACGGAAGGAGCCGUGCGGGUAACCGAGGCAAAGCGGAGAGGCCGUGGCUCCUGAGCGUGUGAUGGGCGCGGGAUAAAUCGGGAUGUGUGAGAGCUACUCGCGCUCGCUCCUGCGGGUGUCGGUGGCACAGAUCUGCCAAGCCCUGGGCUGGGACUCCGUGCAGGUCACCGCCUGCGACCUGCUCACCGAUGUCCUGCAUAGGUACCUGCAGCAGCUGUGCCGGGGAGCCCACCGCUACUCCGAGCUGUAUGGACGGACAGACCCUGUUCUGGAUGAUGUAGGCCAAGCCUUUAAACUAAUGGGGGUAAACCUCCAUGAACUGGAAGACUACAUUCACAAUAUUGAGCCAGUCACCUUCCCACAUCAGAUCCCGUCCUUUCCUGUUAGCAAGAAUAAUGUGCUGCAGUUUCCUACACCUGGAAGCAAAGAUGUUGAAGACCGGAAGGAAUAUAUACCGGACUACCUGCCACUUAUCAUCUCCUCACAAGAAGAGGAAGAAGAAGAGCAAGUACCCACAGAUGGCGGGACUUCAGCAGAAGCUAUGCAAGUACCUCUUGAGGAAGGAGAGAUGGAAGACGAUGAAACUAUUAAUGAUGAGAACUAUUUAAGUAAAAGACCCCUGGAAAGUCCAGAAGUCCUGGAAAUGCCUUUUGCAAAACGGCAAAGAUUAGCCAAUAGUAAAGGAGAUAUUUUGGAUGGAACAUUGGAACCCCGAGAGCCGCUUAGUUCAAUAAAUGCUCAAAAGGUUUCUCCCAUGCUUUCACCUGCUCAAAUUCAGGACACUUCUGAUUUGUCUAUUUCUUCUUCAGAUCCAAUACUGCUUUCUCCUGUUCUUAAACCCCAGACUCCAUCUUCCAAACCAUUAGAAUCUAAAGCAUUUACCUCCAAAACAAAAUCAAAAAGUUCACCUGGACAAAAAACAAAAUCUCCCAAAUCCGCACCCUUGGCUACAGUUCUAGGUAGUCCUAUGCGGUCACCUAAAAGUGCUCAAAAAGAUAAGAAGUCUCCUGGACGUGCCAAAAGUCCUAAAAGCCCCAAAAGCCCAAAAUCUUCUGGCCCGGCUACACAACCGACUAUUAAAUCAGAAACACCUAGCCGUACACCACUAGCUGCAUUAAGUGAAAAGAUUGGAAGAGAGAAUAUACAGGUAAAACAAAAUCAAACAUCACAGGAUUCUGAAAAACUAAAUGCUGAAACUCCACCCAAAAGACCAUCAGUGGCUGAUAAUACAAUUGAAGAUUCAAUUGAUGCUGUCAUUGCUCGGGCUUGUGCUGAACAAGAACCUGAUCCAUUUGAGUUUUCCUCUGGUUCUGAAUCUGAGGGUGAGGUCUUUACUAGUCCAAGACGACUCUCAAUAGCAGAACCUGCUACUCCUAAAAUUGUAGCCCCAAACAGCAGUCUUGGUAAAGCAUGUAGCACCCCAAUACCUGCUCAAGGAGGCACAUCCAGUUCUGAUAUUUCAUGGACAAUGGAUGACUCCAUAAAUGAAGUUAUUCGAAAGGUUAACCAAGAAACUCAACCGAAUAUGUCUGUGGGUCAACCAUGCUUUUCCUCUCCCUCUGCAUCUCCUCCCACUCCAGAACCACUUAUGAAAACUUUUGAAGAGAAGUCUAAACUAGCUUCUCCAGUUGAGUUGAAGAAAAAGGCAAAGAAAGAACUGAAAACAAAGCUGAAGAAAAAGGAUAAAGAAAAACAGAAGGACAAAGAUAAAAGCAAGGACAAAAGCAAAGACAAAAACAAGGAAAAAGACAAAGAUGGUAUUAAAGAUUCAAAACUUCAGUGGAAGGAUGCUAUCAUGGAGGAGGACAGUGAGAUGCAUAGAAUCAAGUCAAAGGAUCUGAAUGACUCUGAACAGAAACCAAAGCAAAAAGAGAACAGCGGGAAGAAAGAAAAGGAAAAACAUAAGAAGAAAGAUAAAGAAAAGGGUAAGAAGGAUAAAGAAAAGAAAGAGAAAGGAAAAGAUAAAAACAAAGAAGAAAAGCUUAAAAGUGUACCAUCAACUCCUGCUGUAUUGCCACCUAAAGACUUGUCACUGCCAAUUAUAAGUACCCCCAAUGCAGUAAGGCUGCCACCUUUGUUGCCUGCCGUGUCACCAUUAGUUCCAGAAAAAGCAAAUGAAGAUCGAGAAAAAACUAAAGAGAAGGACAAGAAAAAGGAGAAGAAAGAGAAGAAGAAAAAGAAGGAUAAAGAGAAAGUAAAGGAGAAGGAAAAGGAGAAAAAAGAAAAGGACAAGAAAGACAAAGAUAAGGAAAAACACAAACAUGACAAAGCCAAAGUGGAGUUAUCUAUUCCUGCCCCGUCUCCUGUGAUCCCGCGGCUGACGCUGAGGGUUGGCGCAGGCCAAGAUACAAUAGUUAUCAGUAAAGUGGUAUCUGCUCCAGACGCCAAAGGUGCUGCUCCGACAUCCUUGCCUAAAUCUCCUCCACCUGUCCCAUCUCCGGCUCCUGCUCCAGUUCUUGUUGUCCCACCUCCCGUGCAGGCACCCCUGCACCAGGCGACGGCAUCGCCAGCUCCAAAUCCAGCUCCCCCUGCCACUGGACCAAACACUGGCAACUCUAAAACACCGUAUAGGAGUGUUGUCACAGAGACGGUCAGUACAUAUGUGAUCCGUGAUGAAUGGGGUAAUCAGAUAUGGAUCUGUCCAGGUUGUAAUAAACUCGAUGAUGGCAGUCCUAUGGUUGGAUGUGAUGGAUGCGAUGACUGGUAUCAUUGGCCUUGUGUUGGAUUAACAGCGGAGCCAUCAGCAGAUAAGUGGUUUUGUACAAAGUGUGAUGGCAAGAAGAAAGAUAAAAAGCACAAAAAAAGGAAGCACAAAGCUCACUGAGACUUCCAGGGAACAUUUUUUGGCUUAAAAUGUCUGUGCUUCAUCUAAUGGAGGAGCUUAUGGCUUACUUUUUUCUGGGUUGCUCUGUAAAGCGAGCAUGUAGAAGGCCUCAGAAUAAAAUCUAGAACAGCCACGUGAAGCUCCGCCACAAGGCAUGGGACGAUGAGGGCGCUGUGAACUCUCUCCACUUUCCACGCCAGUGCUCUUUUUUUCUUGUAUGAUAGAUAUACUUCGUCUUCACAAGUUGAACUUGUAGCCUAUUUGAUAAAUCUGUAAAAUGUAGUGAAUGAUUUUAAAAAAAGACUCUAAGGAGACUGGACCCAUUUCACUCUCGAUAUAUUUGCUGUACCGGAUGAUAACUGUAUGAAAAGAAGUUCUACUCCUGUACCAAUAUUUGUGUCAAGUCCAUAUUUUGUUAUAAAAAUAUAUAAACCAUC